GUGAAAGCCGGCCUGCACUUGGUAGAAUACGCUUUCGUUGUGUUUUAUACUUUUCUUCCUUCUGGCGCAUAAUUGGCCGCGGGUUUCGCCUCCUGCUCAGUGACUCGCGAGAGCUUGACCCGUGAACAGGGUGGCCCCAAACCCGUAGGACGCUCACACCACAUGAGUUCACCGCGAUCGAGAGCGACAGUGAAAGUUAUGCGGAUUUGAUAAGAGUUCGCGGAGAAGCACGUGUGCCAUAAUAAGCUGAACCUCGGUGAACCGUAAACAUGCGGCUGGACGAUCAAAAAAACGGCUCCCCAGUCUCGAACCGCGUCGACAUCCACCACAUCCAGCUGGAGGAGGGAACCACCAUCAACGGGGAUGACAAGUGCCGCGUCUACACCUACAACGAGGCCCUGGAGCUGGUGGGCCUGGGUCGGUUCCACACGCUCCUGCUCUUCAUCUGCGGCUUCUGUCUGAUGAGCGUCAUCAACGAAACGCUCAACAUGGGCUUCAUCAUCUCGGCGGCCGAGUGCGACCUCGGGCUGAGCUUCUCCGACAAGGGCAUCCUGAACGGGGCGGCCUUUUGCGGCGUGGUGCUCAGCUCGCACCUGUGGGGCUUCCUGUCGGACACGUGGGGCCGGAGGAAGGUCCUGGUGCUGGCCACCAGCUGCAGUUUGGCGUUUUCGGUGCUGUCUACCUUUUCGAUGAACGUGUGGAUGCUGAUCGUGACGCGGUUUUGCGUUGGGUUCUUCAUUUCUGGCAACGCUGCCACCUCGUACGCGUACCUCGCCGAGUUCCACACGGACAAGAGCCGCGCAAGUCACGUUUCCUGGGCGGCCAUGUUCAUGGCCUUUGGCAUGAUCUACCUACCGCUGCUAGCUUGGUGCAUCAUCCCGCUUGACGCACAACUCGACCUAAAAUUGUUGGGAGCGCGCUACGGUCUUUGGAGACUGUACCUCCUCUUGACGUCCAUGAACGCCGUCCUAAUCCUCUGCGGAAUCACGUUCCUCCCGGAAAGUCCCAAGUUCCUGCUGAUCGGCAAGCAGCAGGACCAGGUCCUGGAAAUCCUAGCUCGAAUGUACCGCUGGAACCAGCGAAAACCGGAACGGACAUUCCCGGUGAAAUCGAUCGCGCUGGAUGCGAUCGACAGUGCGUUCGCGGAGGAGAUGCAGCGCAAGUCCAGCGCCGGCCUGCGCUACGUUUGGGACCAAACGGUGCCGCUGUUCCGGCGGCCCCUGGUUGGCAACACUGCGCGGGCCUCCUUCCUGAUGUUUGGCCUGUUUGCGGCCUCGUCCGGGCUGUUUAUGUGGAUGCCGGACAUCCUGAACGUGUACAUCAACUACAAGGACGAGUCGAUCACGAUCUGUCAGGUGGUCGACAUAAUCCACCGGAACCGGACCGCGCCGGAUGUGCUUGCGGAGGUGGACAACUGUUCCGUCAACAUCGACGGGACCAUCUUCAUGAUCACCACGGUCAUGGGAGUCCUGUUCCUGCUCUGCUACAUCCUAAACGGUGCCAUAAUCAACCGGGUCGGCAAAAAGCUGCUGCUCAACAUUUGGUACGUGGCGUGCGGUCUGGCCGGAAUCGGCGCGCUGUGGACUUCCGAUUUCUACCUGACGCUGCUGGUGAUUGUGGUUUUCCUCGCCGUUGGCUGCCUCGGAUCGGUGCUCAGUGCCAUAUCGGUUGAUCUAUUUCCAACUAAUUACCGGCAAGUAGUAAAUUGUGGAUCUGUAAAAGCAUCACGUGUGUUUGUGUGAGAGGGGCGUAACGAUCUCUUUUUUCGUUUGUUUUGGUUGUACGUCAUCGCCUGAUUGGGACGCCAUUAUGGCGAACUGUCAAACGGGUGGCAUUAUGGUAAUUUGUUUUGCUGUCAUCUCAUGUUUUAUACAACGGUGAAGGUGAAUAAAAUUUAAUAAAAAAUAAAUGUGAUGCAUGUUAUAAACUGCAGCCUCAACAUUGGCCUUCGUAUAACGCUUCCGCAUAGUCUGCGGAAGAUUUUCAAUUCCCAUCCCCUAACUAACUUUGGCAGCAGAAAAAAUAGCCAGCAAUUACUAACUAGCCUCAGCCGUCAAACCAUAUCGUACGCUCAAAAACCACGCUUUCUCUACCGCGUUGCACUUUCAUUUGCCUUUACACGCCCGGUAAUCUUCAUCACAACAAUUAUGAAAUUAAUUAUUUAUAAAUACGAUACGAUUUUUCUUCCUAACCUUCGCCUUUCUUUCUUCCUCUCCUCCCCAUUUCUUCUUUGUAACGGAAUCACUGAAAAUGCAUUCAACCGCGCAAUCUUUCGCGGUUUUACAUGCGUGCCA